UAGAGUUGAAAAGAGAGAUGAUCAAGUUUGCAGUUUUGAUUUUUGCUGUUUCUCUGGUUUUACAUCAGCCCGAAGUGAAAGGAACAGGUUUAUCCAGACCAGUAAACAAUCCCAUUAAAACCAUUAAGACUGAGUAUGGUGAUAUCUAUGAUUGUGUGGAUAUCCACAAGCAACCAGCUCUUGAGCAUCCGUUGCUCAAGGAUCACAAAGUCCAGAUGAUGCCUAGUUUUGCUGUGAGAAGGAAGAGUAUGUCUCCAACCAUCACUGACUCUAUAAAACUCGGCCUGGAGACACCAUGUCCGCGAGGAACAGUCCCUAUUCGAAGGACUUCAGAUCAAGAAUUACUCAAAGCGCAAUCUGCUUUCUAUAUGCACCAUUUUGCUUUUGAUACCAAUUCAAAUGAACCAGUCGCUCCAGGAGUAGAUUUUGCAGGAAUUAUCUCAACACAAGAUGCUAGUAAAAAAUAUCGUGGAGCGGGAGGAAGGUUGGCGAUAUACCAACCAUUUGCUCAACCUAAUCAGUUCAGUUUAUCGAUGAUUCUUCUUCAAUCUGUAACUACAGUAGGCCAACGAGCUAUUAUCCGAACAGGAUGGAUGGUAAAUCCACUUGUUUAUGGAGAUACCAGAAGCAGAUUUUUCACUUCUUGGACGCAAGAAAAAAGUGGCAGCUCAUCUGGGUGCUAUGAUCUCUUAUGCUCAGGUUUUGUAGUGGUGGAUAAACAGUUUACUCCAGGUAUACCCUUUGGUAAUAUCUCAACUAUAAGCGGUCCUAAAUUUGAUGAUUGGAUGAUGAUCAAGCAGGAUUUACGAACUGGGCAUUGGUGGUUAAUGGUGUUAGAUGAUAAUAGACCAAUUGGGUAUUGGCCGAUCGAGUUAUUCGAUGGUUUCGAGAAUGGAGCUGGUUUGGCAAGCUGGGGAGGAUGGGUAUACAGCCAAAGCCCUGGUUCUCCUGCAAUGGGCAGUGGGUAUUAUGUAGAUAAAGAUUACGAGAAGACAUGUUACAUAGCACAAGUGAGUGUUAACAAUCCAGGAGAUCCAAAGCUUGUGAGCCCAGAUGAGUCUUCAGUUCAGGUUCUCCAAUCUCGUUGUUACCAAGCUGGAGACAAUUCUUUCUUUGAUGUGAGUUGGGGAUACAGAUUCUUGUUUGGAGGAGCCGGUUGUUAG